AUGAACUUGGAACGGGUGUCCAAUGAGGAGAAGUUGAAUCUGUGCCGGAAGUACUAUCUUGGUGGUUUUGCAUUCCUACCUUUUCUUUGGUUGGUCAAUAUUUUCUGGUUCUUCGGAGAGGCCUUCCUCGCCCCAGCAGAGCAGAGCGAGUAGUGCCAAAUCAAAAGCUAUGUUUGGUGCUCAGCUGUGGGCUUCCUCUUCUGGGUAAUUGUUCUCACCACCUGGAUCACCAUCUUCCAGAUCUACCGGCCCCGCUGGGGUGCUCUUGGGUACUACCUUUCAUUCACCAUUUCCCUGGGCACCCCCUGA